AUGUACUUCUCAACUUCUUCCUUAGUUUUUCUUCCUCUUCUUAUACAAACUCUCAUUACAUCGGUAUCAGCUACUUUCAAGACAAAGAAAUUUGAUCUUACUAUAACAUGGGAGGACUACGCCCCCGAUCGCUUCUCCCGGAAGAUGCUUCUUGUCAAUGGACAAUCUCCCGGUCCCGUGCUUGAGAUCGACCAAGAUGACAUGGUCGUUGUUAAAGUCCACAAUGAAUCCCCAGAGGAGCUCACAGUUCAUUACCACGGCUUGGAGAUGAAAGGCACUCCCUGGUCAGAUGGUGUCCCAGGUGUAACUCAACACCCCAUCAAGCCAGGAUCCAGCUUCACAUACAAAUUCCACGCAACUCAAUACGGAAGCUUUUGGUACCACUCUCACCACCGCGGCCAAAUCGAAGAUGGUCUCUACGGAGCCAUCAUCAUCCAUCCUCGACACGACGAGCCGAAUCCAUUCCACCUCAUCUCUGAGGAUGAACAUACCGUGUACAAGAUUAAAGAAGCUGUUGAGAAGGUCAAACCCAUCGUCAUUUCUGACUUUGUGCAUCUCACAUCAGAAGAGAAAUGGGAUAUGACAGUUGCUGCCGGGAUUGAAGAUUCAUGCUAUGACUCUAUUCUUUUCAAUGGUAAGGGAAGAGUUGAGUGUCUUAACAAGGAUGUUGUCGAUGCCAAUCUUAAUGAGAUUCAGAAGGCGUACCUUGGGUUGGUGCCAGGAGGUGCUGAGUUUACAGACAAAGCAUGUCUACCCGCCUCUGCCCUCAACGCCCUCGCUGGCGGUCUGGGCAACGAAUCAGCACUCCUCCCAGGUACAUUCUCCGGCUGCAAAGAAACAGACGGAGAGAUAGAGACCAUCAAGAUCUCGAAUUACCUUGGCCAAUGGGAGUCAUGGCUUGCCUUUGACAUCGUCGGCGCAGUCAACUUUGUCAACGGCGUCUUUUCAAUUGACGGUCAUGAUAUGUGGGUAUACGCCAUGGACGGUUCAUACAUCGAGCCUCAAAAGGUGCAAGCCAUUCCUGUAGCUAAUGGAGAUCGAUACUCCAUCGUCAUCAAGAUCGCUAAUUCGGGCGAUUACAAAAUGCGCUACAACUCCAACAGUGCACCUCAACUCAUCACAGGCCAUGCUGUCCUCUCUAUCGAAGGUUACAGUGCUGCAGAGGGAGAUGUCGAGCCUUGGAUUAACCUUGUCGGUCUUCCUGCGUCCAAAGAAGUUACUGUUUUCAAUCAACUCGUGGCAUUUCCCUACCCACCGAGUCCAAUUUCGCCUACUGCCGAUGUCACCUUCAACUUGAGCAUGGCCAUUAGAGGGGCUUCAUAUCUUUGGGCGCUGAACAGCACUGGCCUCAUGUCACAAGAUCUAGACGAGCGGAGGCCAACACUUUUCAACCCUCAGCCAUACAUCAACAACAACGUCACCAUCUCGACCAAGCUAGGCCAAUGGGUCGAUCUCGUCUUUGUGGCAGCUUUGUUCCCCCAGCCCCCGCAUCCCAUCCACAAGCAUGGAUCAAAGAUGUACAUGCUGGGCGCUGGGACAGGACAUUUCAGGUGGAACUCCGUUGAAGAGGCCAUCAAGGAGAUUCCCGACCAGUUUAACCUCGUUAAUCCUCCUCGUCGCGAUGCGUUUCUUUCUGCUCCUGCGGACAAGGAGCCGAGUUGGGUGGUUGUUCGGUAUCAUGCUGCUGAUGCUGGACCGUGGCUUCUUCAUUGUCAUAUUAGUAACCAUAUGGUUGGUGGUAUGAUGAUGGUUAUUCAGGAUGGUGUUGAUGCUUGGCCCGAAGUGCCUGAGGAGUAUGCUGAAGGUGGUGAUGGGGAGUGA